AAUGAAAAGCGUGGCCCGCGCAGCCCCGCGCCCCCGCGCCCCGCGCCCCGGCGGAGGCUGCCGCCAGUAGCCCGCGGACCGCGCUCUCGACGACACACGCGCAUACGCUCCUGUCUCUCACCUACACCUAUCUAUCACUGUCCCGAACUUCGUCCGGAGCGAAUCCCGAAAGUUGCUGACAUUCUAUCGGGAAAGUUGUGCGCUGUAUCGUGUGUGCAGAACUAAACACACAGAAGUGCCGUGGCUCUUGAUUAAAUACGAAACUGUGAACUUUGACGUGCAAUCCGUUUCGAGUGGUCUCUGUUCGCAUCUGCGGGCGUUUCGGAACUUUCGUGCGAACUUCUCCUCCGGCGUCCCGGAGGUGUGAAAAGGUUGUCAAAAUAGCCAAAGUGUCUCCGAUAAAGUUGUCGGCUAUGGACAGUAACUCGGUGUCUCCGAUGCCGGAGCUGGCGCCGAUAGCGGAGUUCGACAAGUCGCCGCCGUCGCCGCCCAACGAGGAGGUGCCCAUGGACGACCUGCCGCCGCCGCCCGCCACCAUAUCCCAGGCCGAGGGGAAGAAACUUAAAGUCCAACGCAGUCGUUCGUACGAGUCGGAUGACCAUGAGAGGGGGGCGUGCGAGUGGUGCGAGUAUGCGCUGGUCAUCACGCUCGCGACCAUCCUCCUCAUCGGGGUGUCGGCCCUCACCGUCUUCUGGGUGUUCUACUACCGCGAGGGCUAUGCCUGGGCCGACGAUCUGCCCGACAAGCAGUUCAACCUGCACCCUACGCUCAUGGUGGCUGGAUUCAUCACCUUCAGCGGUUUCUCCGUGCUCCUGUACCGCAUCUGCCGAUGCUUCCGACGCAUCUACGUGAAGCUGCUGCACGCCAUCUUCCACGCGCUGGCGUUCCCCUGCAUCGUCAUCGGUUUCCUGGCAGUGCUCGACUACCACAACAAAAAGGGCAUCAACAACUUCUACUCGCUACACAGCUGGAUCGGCUUCGUUGCUAUGGGACUGUUUGGAAUACAGUACGCAGUCGGCUUCUUCAGCUUCCUGCUGUUGUUGAUCUGCAAUAAGGGAACUGCUGGCUUCCGUGCCUCCCUGGUGCCUGUACAUGCGGCUUUUGGAAUCCUCACCUUCGUGCUUGGAGUCUGCGCCUGCCUCACCGGACUUACUGAGAAGGCAAUCUUCACUCUCGGCGCGGACCGAUACAGCGGCAUGGUCGACGAGGGGAUUAUCCUCAACGCUAUUGGAAUCGCCUGCAUCGCCAUCAUGGCGGUUGUCAUGUAUAUCUUGUCGAGAGACAAGUUCCGUGCGCCGGAGUCCCGCGGACAACACAUAAGGGCCUCAGUAGACCUUUAAAUUUAGAACUGAAAACAACAGAUGUCAGAGCCAAUGAUUAUUAGAUAAAUAGCUAGUAAAAAUGCGAUUUAAAAUUAAUUUAGACAUGUAAAAAUAUUUAAUGUUAUGUUAUUUUAAACAAUGGCUCUGACAUCUGGGUUUUUUAAUGUUUAGUUCACAAAUAGUGUACCUAUACAAAUCGUAUACGUAGGAACUUAACUAUUGUUAUUUGUAACGUAAUUACAACUGGUAUUUUUAUAGAUUUUUGAAAUAAAUAAUGUUCAGGAUGCACGCUCAUUUCACUGCUAAGAAAGACACCUUUUUAUUGGACAUUGUUAAGAAAGGACUUCGUACCUAACUUAAACUUAAAAUUAAAAAGAUAUAAAACACAAAGUAUUUUUUUAAAGAGAUUUUAAUCAUUUACCCAGAUUAUUUACUGAAACGAGGCUUUAUUGUAUCAGCUUUGAUCUGUAUCAGAUCAAAAUAAUUUAGGCGUUAGAUGAAUUUAGGUAACUAUACAUUAGGAAAAUAAAUGACUUUGUAAUUUAAAAGAUAACACUGUAUUUUAUUGCAUUAAAAUAAAUGUAAGUUACUUUAUGCGA